AAACAAACAGUUCAUUUUUAGAUUAUUCGAAGAAAAACACACUUCUUCUUCUAGGAAUAAGUUUUUAGAUAUUUUUAUAGUAAAUUUUUUGUAAAUUUUUGUACAAAUUUGUGUCCCUUUAAAGUAUCCCCUAACAUCUUGUAAAUAAUUACUAAAUAACAAUGAAUGCCGACCAAAAAUUAGAAAUAAUCAAAAAGCACAUUGGCGUCUUUCCCGAUUUUCCCAAGAAGGGAAUAGUCUUUCGUGAUGUUUUUGCUGCGUUAACAAAUUCAGAAGUUUGCAUUUAUCUAAGGGACUUGCUUGUGGAGCACAUCAAACUAAACUAUCCCGAUGUCGAUUUGAUUGUGGGUCUGGAAUCCAGAGGUUUUCUGUUUAAUCUUUUGAUUGCUUCCGAAUUGGGUGUUGGAUGUGCUCCUAUAAGGAAGAAGGGCAAACUACCUGGCGAGUGUAUUUCGGUUGAGUACACACUCGAGUAUGGAUCUGAUAUCUUCGAAAUGCAAAAAUCUGCCAUCAAACCUGGACAGAAAGUUGUCAUCGUUGACGAUCUCCUUGCUACUGGGGGGUCUUUAGAAGCUGCGAUCAAACUACUACGAAAAGCAGGUGCUAUUGUUCAAGAAGGUCUAGUUGUGCUUGAGUUAGUCGAUUUGGGAGGUCGUAAACGCUUGGACUGCAACGUACAUUCCUUGAUUAAAUAUGAAUAAGUUUAAGAAAAGAGUUAUAUUUCGUUGUUGAUUGUACUCGUGUGUGUUUUUGUAUGUCUUGUAAAUGAAUCUAAUAGUUAUUUCUUCGCACAAAUGCCUGUGAACGUUUUGGGCACAUGAUGUUUGCUAAAAUAAAAUUUAAAAAAAUAAA